GGUACCCCAUAAUUAGCCCUGGGUGACCCUCACCAGCCCUGGAUGUCUCCCAGCUAGUCCUUGGUGUCCUCCAUCAAACCCAGGCAGUCCCCAGCUAGCCCUGGAUGACCCCCAGCUAGCCCAAGCCGCCCUACAAUCAGCCCUGGGUGUCUCCCACUAUUCCUGCACGUCACCCAGGUACUUCCCAGGGUCUCCCUGGAUAUCCCCCAGCUAAUCCCAUGCUGCUCCCAGCUAGCCCUAGGUGCCCUUCGUUAGUCCUAGAUAGCCCUGAACCCUUCCCAGGUCACUCCAGGUGUCCCCCACUAGCCUUGGGUGCACCCAGGUAGCUGCAAGUAUCCCUCACUGGCCCUGGGUGCCCGACUAGCCCAGACUCCCCAAUUAUUCCAGGUAGCCCCAAGCAGCCCCACGGGCCCUUAGGCCCCGCCCAUUCCAUCAAACCACGCCCAUUGUGCGACUGGACACGCCCACACCCUGAGCAUCGGUCCCCGCCCCGUCACUAAGUCCCGCCCCUCGCCCAGAUCUCGCGACAUUUGCGGAGGAGGGCGGCGCGAGAUGUGCGGCGGUUGUGUGGGCACCGAGUACCCGGAGCGGGGCACCACCUGCCUGGAGGGUGGAUCUUUCCUCCUGAACUUCGUGGGGUGCGCGCAGUGCGGCCGCCGGGAUUUCGUGCUUGUCGGCAACCGGGCCGCGGACCUGGACGGCGGGGAGGAGAUCGUCACCUAUGACCACCUGUGCAAGAACUGCCACCACCUGAUCGCACGCCAUGAAUACACCUUCAGUGUGGUGGAUGACUACCAGGAAUAUACCAUGCUGUGCCUGCUCUGCGGCCGCGCUGAGGAUUCUGUCAGUAUCUUGCCUGACGACCCUCGCCAGAUGACCCCGCUGUUCUGAUCCCCAUGUAUACCUCGGGAUGAGCUUCCAGGAGCUCUGGGAGAUCCCUGGUUCCCUGGCACUAUAAUUCCUGGGGACCACACAGUCCCUGGCAUGCUUUGCUCCUCCAAACUUCCAGCCUGGAUGCAGCGAACACCCAACACUGGGUGCUCCCAUGUUUCUGGAGCCUUUUGGUUCCAACCCUGAGUGCAAGGAUGGGAUGCAGUGACACAACCCAAACCCGCUAUGUGCCGAAGACCUAAAGGAGUCGCCAAAACAGGAUCCAAAGGGAUUCCCACCCCCUCCCGCCUCAGGAGCCCGCGUAUGUGGAGUAAUAAAUGUGACGUGUGACAGUUCA